AUGGCAUACCCCCGAGAGCAGCAGCAGCUAUAUCGUGAGGCCCAGCGCCAAGAACGUAAGGAGACUGAGAUGCAGCAAUGGAUCGCUCAUCAAGCGAAAUCAAGGAAAGAGGUUGCGAUGCGGCAAGCUGCCGAUUAUUUUGCUAAGCGAAAAAUUCAAGGCGAGGGCGAGCUGAAGCGGCAUCAGUGA